CCCCCCCCCCCCCCCCAAAAUGAGUUCUAUCCGGCGAAUGUCCCCGACGGACUUGUUUUCCCUUAAUCUCACAAAUCUCGACCCGUUGACCGAAAACUACGACCUCGGCUUCUAUCUGAACUACCUCAUGCGAUGGCCCUCUCUCUUCAGUGCCGUCCAAGAUCGCACCGAAGGAAUCGUGGGCUACAUCAUGGGCAAGCUCGAAGAACAGCACCCCUCCAUGCGCCAUUCGGAGCACUACACCCCCUGGCACGGCCACAUCACUGUUCUAACAGUUGCCCCGGCAUGGAGACGGCUCGGCCAUGCGCGUCGUCUCACCGAACAACUCGAACAAGGCUCCGACAUCAACAAUGCCUGGUUUGUGGAUCUAUACGUGCGAGCGGGGAACAAAGUCGCCGUGGACAUGUACAAAGGAAUGGGAUAUUCUGUGUUCCGCCGUGUCGUUAAUUACUACAGCGAUGAUCCGACAGGGUUUUCGGAGUCUGGAGAAGAUGCGUUCGAUAUGCGUAAACCGUGUAGUCGGGAUAAGACUCUACAGCAUAUCCGUGAAAACGGGGAGAAUUUCCCCGUGAGCCCGGCGGAUGUCUCGUAAUUCUGUCUGGACUUUCCGCAGUUACUAUUUAAAUUCGGCAUUCUUGGUGUUUGGGAGCGUAUCCUUUCCUUUGAUGUGUUGUGUGCUGUGCAUAUAAAGGUUCUGUUCUUGUCCUGGCUAAUUUGGCUCAUUUCUGCGGUUGAUGGCUGGCUACAUGGAUUUUAUUCAAUGUCUUUUCUUACCUUCGAACCUUCCAGAGCAUCAAAACAAUUCUCGUUGCAUAUCAUUACUAUAUAUAUAUAUAUGACCAAGGUAGGAAGUCUAUCUAUUCUAAAUGCAC